AGAUCCCACCAAAGCUCGGCCUGCCCUCCCCACGCUGCUGGACAGCCCGGCUGGUCGAUAAAGGAUGAAGACUGUCUGUACCAUUUUGAUUACCUCUUCUAGGGUUCAAAGAGAAUCAUUUCCCCUGACCUCCAUUUGCUAAUGGCUCAGCUCGAUCUAACUGGCACACAGAUAAACGUGCUGUUAAACAAAAGUUACAGUAGCAGGAAGCACCUGAGUGCCCCAAGCUCCUCUGCCCGUGGCGGUGGCUCUCUGUGACCAGCCAGAAGCCGAGUGACACAGUCCUGAGCGCUGCUCCCGAGGAGUUUGGGUGUGAACGGACAGUGCUGGCACCCCGAGAGAUGAGACAAAGGACCCUGCACCCCGACAGCUCAGCGAGCUCCAAAGAUGAGAGUCCUGCACACCGAGCUCUGUGCUCUGUCUCCAGAGUGAUCUUCGUUCCUGUUAAGCUCACCUCACUGCUGGUCACGAGUUUUGCUUUUGGGAUUUAGACCACCUCUUUUUCCCCCCCGUUUUACACAAAGACUGUUAAUAGGACUGUUAGUGGAAUGAGCAAAGCCAAUACUCGCAGGGUUUAACUGUGUACCGAUAGCACCUUUUGCCCAGAAUGCCUUACCGGUGCCGCCCAGCCCGCGUGUCCCGGCGUACGACUCGGCCUGACGGUUCCGCUGCCUCAGGCACCACCUCGGCCUCCCGAGCUGACUUUUAGGGACGUUUCCGCACGUAGCAUCUCAUCCAGCGAGUCAGACAGCACCCGGCUGCCCGGUCCGGGGCUCUCUCCGUGACCACGAGUGCGCCCCGCGGGCCGAUGCCGUCCGGCUGAGCUGCGGAGGCGCCUGCGGCAUGGCGCAGGGAGGGGAGGCAGGCGCUCCUCCCGUGCGCCUCUGGGUGCGGCGCGUGGGGGUUUACUGCGAUGAGCACCGCAAAACCUGGCUCGUGGCUGCGGAAGAGGAGGAAGGUAUGCUGAGGGCUCGGAUCCAAAGAGUUCAGGUUCCCCUGGGUGAGGCGCUGCGACCCAGCCAGCUCCCCCCAUCCCGGCUGCCUCACAUGUGGCAGCUGUCCCAGGGUGAGCAGUACAGGGAUAGUAACUCUCGCGUUUGGGAGAUAGAGCACCAUCUCAUGCUUGGUGGUGUUGAAGAACUGCUGCUUAAACUCGUGCCUGGGGAUUAAUCUGUUCCUGAACAUGUCCCGGAAGGAUCCCUGCCAGAAACAAGCCUGUGAAAUACAGAAAUGCUUGCAAG